AUGUGUAUUGAUUGGCAGUGGUAUGAAGGUGCAAGUACUGGGAUUUCCCGCCCUUUGGCCACGGGUACCUGGUAUGCGUGGCCCCUGACAGACGUUGGCCACUGGUUGCCCGUCCUGCGUCAGGCCGACUCGGUGAACACCGCGUCGAAGACAUAUGCGAUGCGGAUGCAGCUCAAUUGUCGCCUGGACGCAGGCAACGUGACACAGCGGACGUUUCUCAACGCCUUCCUCGUUUCCCCACGCAAGGAUCACACAGGGGUAAUCAAGCCCAUCGGUCCGAAUGGAGCGAUCCCCCAGCUCACCGCCAUUGACGAUGAUAUCGACAACGAUCUGUUUCCGGGCGCAAGCGUGCGGUUAAAUUCGGCGAAAUUCAAGGUGCAUGCGGUGAAGUAUGCAACGUUGACGCCUAAUUCGCUGACGGCUCCCGUGGCCAACCUCCGUGACGUGUCUUACCCGUUCGCCACCUACAGGAAGUGGCAGUGGAAUGUCCCUAUCAAGCUUUCGGUCCGUCAGGUGGACGGCAAUUCGUGGCGGACUGCGCAGUUUGAUCAGUUCGCGUACUACCAGAAGUAUUUUCUGCUGGUGUACUCCACAAGUCUGGCGAAUGAUACAGAGCCAAACAUUCACGUGGAUGCGCUCACUACGUGCAUUAAUUUCGGUUAG